GUUCUACAGCUGGAUAUAUGCAACUUUACCAAGAUGUCUCAAGAGAUCAACCCACUCGAGCUGGCUGGUCUCAUUCAUCGCUUAUUUUCAACGUUUGAUGAAGCAGUGAUGCAAAAGCGAUUAUUCAAAGUGGACACCAUUGGAGAUGCCUAUGUUGUUGCAGGUUGGCUUCCUUGUGACCACGAUUGGUUCAUGCAGGCAAAAACGAGGAAGACGUGCGGAGAUAUGCUGAAUCUGGCGUCGCUGAUGAUUCAAUCAAUCCUUUCUGAAAGGAAACGUUCGAAACAAAACUUGACUUGUCGAAUCGGAAUAUCAGUUGGAAUCGUAGCAUCUGGUGUUAUCGGAAGAAUCCAAUCAAGAUUUCAUGUGAUGGGGCAAACAAUGAGAGACGUUGAGCUACUGGAACAAACGGCCGUCUGCAAUGCAGUUCACAUCAGC